GUAAGUCUAUUUCAUGUUUGAAAACAUGUUUCUAUCCUAAGCACCCAUGUAUGUUUGUCACUGCAGCCAUAAUAUGGUUUGUGAUGUUCUAAGUUGGCUAAUUAAUCUUUGUCUUUUUCUCCACGUCUUUCUAUUUCUGCACAUUUUGAUUGAUCCCACUCGAUUGUCUGUGAAGCUGGCUGGAGGAGUCAUACUUGGAGUUGCGUUAUGGCUUCGACAUGAGCCCAAAACGUCCAACCUUUUGAUUCAGCAGAUCGGAGACAAACCAGCUCCUGGGACAUUUUACAUUGGUGAGCCUUGUUGUGUCCAUUAAUCUCCAAUUCCAAAUCUUCAUAUAACUUGUCUGAUUUCGCUGGUCACAAACCUCCAAAUUGCAGCCAAGUUCUAUUUACUCAGUUGUUUCAGUUUCCAUAAUAUCGAGCAGGGGAAUUGCAUCCAGAACUGGUUGCCCCCCUAAGUUACUCUAACACUUCCCCAAAUAAUUCUUUACCCAAUAACGAUACCCCGACUUUUAACCAACGCUGAAUAAUUAUUACUACAUCGUGGCAUUUUUUUCUUUCUUUUUUUAAUUGAAACAGUAAGUUUAGGUAAUUAGAGCUAUUUUCAGCUAAACCUCAGUGCUGCAAUAAAAUGCAUUUGAAAAUAGCACAGAUCUUUUUCGGGGCUCAAUUUGAUUGGCAUUUAAUUGUUAGUAAAUACAUUGAACCACAGAGGAAUUUGAAGCGAUACAAUAAGCAUCAAAACUACUUUUUAAUGAAUCAGUUUUUCUGUAUAGAUCAUGGCCCUACAGUCUCCCUGGUCAGUUCUCUGCAUUUUACGAGUUAAAUCACUUUUGUUUCUGUACAUGCAGCUCUAGGCUUCAGAUGUUAACUUGCUUUAAAAAUGUUUAUCUCCUGCUCUAUAAAAUGGAACUUUAAUCACACACAGGAGGGUCCUGCAGGGUCUAGUAACUAGUAACAGAGCAGGGAAUAAUACAUUCUAAAUUAAACAGAAUUUGCAAUAAUGUAAAAAUUAGAUGACUCUUCAGAGGAAGUACUUAUGAAGACUGUGCAAGUCACAUGCAGGGAGGUGUGGCUAGGGCUAUAUAAACAAAGUGAUUUAACUCCUAAAUGGCAGAGAAUUUAGCAAUAAGACUGCAGGGGCAUGAUCUAAACACCAAAACUGCUUCAUUAAGUUAAACUUGUAUUGGUGCCUAUAGUGUCCCUAUAACCAGCCAAAAGCUAGAGCUGAAUAAAUGUAAUCAGAUGAUUAUAAGCCCUGAAUUGGGCAUUAUAAUGAAUAGCUUUAUACAGAAAAAUAGAUUAUGUAUGAAAAAUGAUUUAAACAGAUAUUAUCUCUGUAUUCAAUAGAAAAGUACUGAACUGAAGACCUUUAGAAUUAUAUGAAACAAAAGUGUAAAAAUUUAAACUUGUUUAAAAAUAUAAGCCGUGGUAUGAGAGCCAUUUGUGUAAAAUUGGGUGACGAUGUUGGAGUUUUAUUUACUUUCUUUCAUUGGAUGUGUCUCUCCAGACAUUACAUAAAAUGCCUAAUGUAGAAACAUUUUUCCAGACGUCCUGUAGAAAGCCUGACUACACACUUUAUUAGUAAUUAACACAUAUCCAAGCUCAUCAUUAAUUUGCAUAGCUACUGACUGGCUCUAUCUGUCCACCUCAGGUAUCUACAUUGUGAUUGCCGUAGGAGCUGUAAUGAUGUUUGUCGGCUUCCUUGGAUGUUACGGGGCCAUUCAAGAAUCACAGUGUCUUCUUGGAACGGUAAGUGGAUGUGAGCCUCGGCAUGUAAUACCACAGCCUCUUUAUUACCAGUCUGUUAUAAUAACAGAAAGACAGAGUGACGUAGGCUCAGAAAUACUCUGUCUCAAUAUCUGUAUGUGUUCCAAGGGGUUCCUAUCGAGAUGCACACCUGAGAUGUGUUAAGAGGUGUGAUACGUCUCUAGGUAUCAGCUGGGAUAUGUGAAUAAAUAUAUUCCUGUAACAAUCGCGUGGCUAUUUUUGUAACCCAGGGGUGGAUAGAAUUUAGAUUUCCCGGAAUUGCAAAACUGUCACUUCUAGUAUCAUGGAACAAAUGGUGCAACAGUUAGUGCUCUACACCCUGACCAUUGUCUGCUAACUCUUUCAAUGUGUGGUGUGUAAGCAGGCACUUAGUUAGAUAAAGAAAAAGAAAAUAUUAACGUGGAUUAACUCAUGGCUACUGACGGUAAGUCUGAUGCAGAGUCUGCAGUUUGUGGUGCUGGUUACGUUAAUCACUGCAGAGUACCUUUAUAUGGAGAGGUUAUAAAUUGUCUGGGCUAACGAGGCUUGAGACAUGGCUAUCUGUAUGCACAUAAACAGUAUCAAGGGAACAAUGACAUUUUAGCUAUAUCAUAUUUGUAACAGUGGCUGAACUAGCAUCAUAUCUACCUAUUUAUAAUAGAAUCGCAGGGACUGGCACCAUAUUUAUCUGUUUAUAAUAGAGUCAUGGGGUACCUCUCAAUAAAGUAAUGGAGAACUCGUCUAAUUAAGGGUAUUAGAAUUACAUUUAUGGAUGUGUAAUAUGAUCUCGGGUUCUAGGAUCACUUGUAUAAUCACGGGUACUAGCAUCAUACGUAUCUCUUUAUAGUAACAAGUACUCAUCCUUCCCCAAUAUCUCACUUGCGUUAUCCCUUCUUCUCCCCAGUUCUUUGCCUGCCUGGUAAUCCUGUUUGCCUGUGAAGUGGCCGCUGGAAUCUGGGGCUUUGUGAACAGGGAACAGGUGAGAUGUCCGCUGUGAUUACUGGGAGUGAGCCACGAUAACAUAUGAUUCGUUUGCCACUCUUAAAUGCAAGUUACCAUAAGUAUGAUUAAUAUGAUCCGAUAUUUAAAGAAUAAUGCCUAGUGUUUGAGAGAGCUGGAUCAUUAAACACAUGAUUUUCCUUUAAUGAUUGGGUAUUAUAAUUUGAUUGGUUUUUAUACUAUUUUGUUUUUAGGUACUGUACAAGGUAUAUGUUGUAGUUGUUUAACAUUACCGCUACCUCUUACUCCUGACACACCUAUACCGUGCCAAUAACAUCUGCUGUGGUUAUAGUAAGUGGUGAUCCUAGACUCACUGCUAUCUGAGACAGUCACCAACUCUCAGGGUGUGAAGGGUGUUGCAUUGACAGUCUGUGUUGCCUCCCCCCCCUCCAUUUUCCACCUAAGUAGAUAAUCUGCGAGAGGGUCUUAUAUAGAAGCACUGCCUUCAUCUUUUUAUGCUGGGCACAAACCAUUCAGGAAAAGCACUCUCCCGGCUGUCUGAUUUUAUAAAGAUACCAAUUUCUCUUGAAAUCAUCAUGUUUAUAAAGUGUGAAAUGAGGGGUAGAACGAUAAGCCGUAGAGCAACUCACCGUGCUUAAAGGACCACUCCACAUCCAUAAAGCCCAAAGCUUGCUGAAAUGCCUUAUAGGCGAGGAGUAUCCUCUUAUUAACCCAGUUUAUUAAAGUGGAACACUCCCCUUUCUGUCAAUAAGCAGCCAGUGAAGUUUGCUGCCUUCUUCCGUUAGCUAACCUGAGCUGAUAUAAGUUACAGGCACGCACUACUUGCCUCCUCGCACUCAGACUUCAGACCUGCUCCUUUACAGACAUCAGAUCAGACGCUCGAGUGCUUCUUGGCUCUCAGAUUCAGAAGCUCUGAUUGGCUCUUUCCUCAAGAAGAAACGGUUAGUCUCUUCCUGAAAAAGGGAAGGGCUUGCAAAGUGCAAUUAAUAAGAGGUGGAGGGUUUUCAAGCUAUUUUAAGAUAUGAACCCCAUGCAUGGAAAAUGCAUGCAUGUAUCCAUAUUCAUUGAGAGUAUAUCUACAAAAAGUGAAUGUUAUUUUAAAUAAAAAUUCAGUUUGGAGUGACUCUUUAAAUGCCUUAGGGGAGUUUAAUAUUCCUUUGAGAACUCAAACCAUCCUGAUGUGGAGAAACAAUACAGCCUUUAUAGUUAUCCAUAUUCCUUUGAGAUACCUAUAGAGACUCUCUCUCUCUCACUCUAUUUAUAUACACACACACACGAGUAGAAAAUAUAGAAAUAUAAAAAAAAAAGAAUGUUUAAACAAUAUUAGGGAAAUGUAUCUAGUUUAAAAAGAAAUCUACCCAAAUAAAAAAAUCGGAAAUUGUGUUACUAUAUCAGAUGCGUCUCAGCAGGUGCUGUGCAAUAUGACAUUGUUAUUGGUGCGAGGGAGCAAAAAUGACCAGCAGAAACAGAAGGUCAACUUUAAAAAUCGAACAAUACUUUAUUCAUAAAACAUACUCACAGUUAUACGAACAGUAAAAGCUUUGUAUGAAUACUCCAACCCCUCUGGUACAGUCUGUGAUCUCAUCCCUCACCCUGAGGUCAGUGUUUUGUAAAAAAAGAAAAUAUCCUUGUGUGUUUCAUAAGAUUUGGACUUGACACCCUCAGGGGAGAACAAUAAGAUUAUAACUCUUCACUUACAACAUAGUUAUAAAACUGCCAUAACAGUUGCAGCCAAUCCUCUUUAUAUAUCCCCUGAGGCUUCCUGCUGAAACACUUCUGAUUUGGAAUAGACCAAAACUUGUUCGAUUGAUUUAAAGGGACAAUCCAGACCCCAAAGCACAUUACAUUGCAGGAAAGCUUUAUCUGUGAAUGGUGUGCCCUCUUCUUUUCAUUUUACAAAAAGAUUCAGAUUUCAAUAGACACUUUUAUAAACAAAUCUGGUUACACCCCUCGGCUGUCAAUCAGACACCCAGUCCUGUUACUUCCUGGUUUGUUUAGCUGGUUGGAAAUAAACCCGAGAAGCAGCAAUUGCCCUGAGCACUUGCCUUGCAAAGGCUUCACAUUGAGCUGCAUUGGGAAGUCUGUGAUUGGGCAGCCACAGAAAGCAUGGGCGGGGUUAGAAGGGGAGAGUUUGCAAUGACUUCUCAUUGAGCUGCAUUGGGAAGUCUGUGAUUGGACAGCCACAGAAAUACUGGGCGGGGUUAGAAGGGGAGGGCUUGCAAUGACUUCUCAUUGAGAUGCAUUGGGAGGUCUGUGAUUGGACAGCCACAGAAAUAUUGGGCGGGGUUAGAAGGGGUGGGCUUGCAAUGACUUCACAUUGAGCUGCAUUGGGAAGUCUGUGAUUGGACAGCCACAGAAAGGCUGGGUGGGGUUAGAAGGGGAGGGUUGACAAUGGCUUCUCAUUGAGCUGCAUUGGGAAGUCUGUGAUUGGACAGUCAAAGAUUAGUAGUAUAGAUAAUUAUGUUGAUUACAUCAAAUCUGAAAAUACUGGACCUACUUGGUUUGGCUCAGUUGUUUACUAAUAUUAAAGUGUGAUUUGUCAGGAAUUCAAUAUUAUUAUGUUAGAAUAGCUGAGCAGGAAACUCUGCUUACUUGGAAAAUGUUCCAAUUCGUCAAUUUUGGCCUUGAAUUUAGGAUUACCAUUGGGGACAAUUUACACUGACAUGAGCACUCUAAGCACAGAAAUAACGGACUUAGCUUAAUGCAGUGGUUUUGGUAUAUAGGUCAUAACGCUGCAGUAUUACUGCUCAAUUCUUCAUUAAACACCUAGACCUAGCCACAUGUCCCCGGGGGAGACUCACACAGCCUCCCUGCACACUGCUUGUAAAGGAAUUCAAAUAUGUCAGCUUUCCUCAUUGCACAGUGUGUUUCAAAUAACCUCAUAGCACUAGACAUGCAGACAUGGAGUCCUAACGCUGUAGUGUCCUGACACUACUGAACUGUUUAGGUCACCAUCACCACCACCACCCGGCGAGCAGUAAAGAAAUGCCGGAUAUUCUUUCUGAGAGAUCAUGUAGUGCUUCCAUGAUGCUUUAUUCUAAACCAUUCUAAAUCUAAAGGCAUCAUAGGAGUUGGAGUUGUACAACAUCUGGGAUCUACCUUUUGGGCAUCGCUGACGUAGAGGGCAUAAAGUUGGUACAUUUCUUUCUAGAAUUCAUUUUUAGCCUGUUUGAUUUUUUAAUGUCUGGCAUCAGAUAGGCUUGCAGGAGACAGGUAGAUGUUGUACAGAAAUAGAAAUGGUGGACUUGCUUAAUUAAUUAAUCUUUUUGCUUUACUUCCUCCUCCCCAGGUGUCUAAAGAGAUAAAGCAGUUUUACGACGAGGCCUAUUCUCUGACACAGACUGGGUCCAAGGAAAAUAGGGAUAAAGCCCUUCCAGUACUGAAGGUUUUCCACGAGACGGUAAUUCUACUCACUGUAUCUGUGGAGCUCUCCUGCCAUUACCUCUUGUUACCUGUAGGAAUUCUCUGAUUUUGUGAUAAUUGCCCUUCACAGCUCCAGUGUUGUGCAGACAGAUCAAUCCAGGUGUACAUGCAGAAUACACCACUGUGCAAAGAUCCAAUCGAGCCGUUCUCGAAGGUUAGUUGUUUAAGCAGUAGUCACUGUGGAGGGCGGGCGAGGAAUAGCACUGCUUCUGCUCAGUAACACAAUCUCUUCCCGCAGGAUUGUCACCAAAAGAUCGAUGAACUCUUCUCUACAAAGCUUUACCUGAUUGGCAUUGCGGCCGUCAUCGUAGCCGUAAUCAUGGUAAGUACAAACUCAAAUAGUCAGUACACCCACUCUUAAUUAUUUAUUAUGUUUUAUUAUAGAUUUAUUAUUUAUUUUGAAAAUGGAUACAAAAGCUACCAAUCCCAAACAAUUAAAUAAUAAAUAUACUAACAUUGAAAGUUGUUACAUUUGCAAUAAUUGUUUUGUGCUUUACAUAGGCUGCAAACUAACUGCCAAAACAAGAAAGUGAUCAGCAAAUUGGGGGUUAAUACUGUUAUAUGGGACUGGUUUUAUCCCACAAAUUGCUUUAUGGUUAGAGCAGAGGAUCUUGGGAGGAAAUAAAGUAUUUUUUAGAAUGGGGGAGGUGGUGACACAGUGGAAUUGAGUUUAAGAUGCAGAAUGCUGCAAUACUCCUAAAAUUUGAUACAAAAAUGCAGGUUAUUAUUUAGGUUAAAGCUGUUGGUGUCCAGUUGAUGUGGUCAUUCCAUUGAGAUUUACUUGUUUUGAAGCGGUUUCACUUGCAGUCAGUUUAAAGCCAGUGUCAGCUAAGCCACCAUUAUUGUUCAUAGGAAAUCAACCACGUGAACCUCAUUCCAGUGCUGAGGUCUGGGUGAUGAAAGUUUGGUUAGAUUAUAAAGCCCAACAGUUAUACUAAACCAGAAGGACGAGUUGUCAGAAAUCUUGCAGCAAAAAAAAGCGGAAGGUUUGUGGGAAAUGUUCACUCUUUGCAAUAACCACAAGAUAAUGUCUACCAUAAAUAAAAUACAAACACAUUAUUCAAGGUAACUGAUGUAAAGUACCAAAAAAACAAAAACAGGCACUCGACUCACUUAAAGGGACGCUCCACUACUCAAAUUAAAAUAACAAAAAACACUACUUAGUUCUGUAAAUAUACCUCAAAUGAAAAUAUGCAUUCAUGGGCCUAUAUCAAAAACAGUUUACAAACGCUGCAGUUCUGUUAUCUGCAGCCUUUGCUAACCCCGCCCAAACUUUCUGUGGCUGUCCAAUUACAGACUCCCAAUGCAGCUCAAUGAGAAGUGUUUGCAAAGCAGGUGCUCUGGGCAAUUGCUGCCUCUUGAGUUUAUCUCCACUGCGCUAACCAAACCAGGAAGUAACAGGACCUGUUGUCUGAUUGACAGCCAGGGAGGUGAAACCAGAUUAGUUUUUAAAAGUGCCAAUUUUUAUUGAAAUUCUUAAUUUGUUAUGAAAUUAUUAAUGAAAAUUGGCAAAACUUUUUUUUUUUUUUAAAGGAACACAGCAAACACUAUAGCAAUGACUGUGCUGUAGUAGUUAUGGUGCCUGCAGUGUAGUCAAAUCAUUUAGAACACCUUGACAACUUGCGUGGGGUUCGACAAGUGCAAUUCCCACCACCUCUCAGCUAGCAAGAGAUCUGAAAGUUCCUGCUUAGGAGCUGACAGCUCUCCUGACUUAGCUAAGACAGAGCACUUACAGCUCUUCUAUAAGCUGUAGUGGAGGCAGGGAGCAACGCCAGGUAAGAAUUCAAACCAUUCUAAAACGGUUUGACUACUUAUAAUGAGGGGGAGCCACCGCACUUCUGACACCAUAACCACCCCUUGGUUAUGGUACCAGGAGUGUUCCUUUAAAGGGACUCUCCAGUGCCGGGAAAACAAUCCGUUUUCCUGGCACUGCAGGUCCCCUCUCCCUCCCACCUCCCGUCCCCGGUUGCUGAAGGGGUGAAAACCCCUUCAGUCACUUACCAAAGGCAGCGACGAUGUCCCAUGUCACUGCUUCUUCCUCCGCCGCCACGCCUCCUCUUCAUCACGUCGGCCGGCGGGGGAGACUGAUCACACCCGCCGGCUGGGGAGACCUAAUUCGUAUACGCGGCAAUGGCGCGCACGCGCAUUAGACCUCUCCAUAGGAAAGCAUUGUAAAUGCUUUUCAAUGCUUUCCUAUGGUGAUUUUAGCGACGCUAGAGGUCCUCACACAGCGUGAGGAUGUCCAGCGAUGCUCUAGCACAGAAAACCUGUGCUAUAGACCAGGAAGUGCCCUCUAGUGGCUGUCUAGUAGACAUCCACUAGAGGUGGAGUUAACCCUGCAAGGUUAUAAAAACUGCAAUAAUUACAGAUGCAGGGUUAAGGGUAGUGGGAGUUGGCACCCAGACCACUCCAAUGGGCAGAAGUGGUCUGGGUGCCUGGAGUGUCCCUUUAAACCAACAAAGAAGACGUGUUAUAAUGUAUUAAUUCCUCAGCGUCAAGGGCCUUUGUUUUUAACUUAAUAGAAUAAAAAUGUCAUGAUUUACGGAUUGGUAAAAAAAAGGAAUCAUACAUUUUAUUUUUACAUCUUAGUUAUCUGAACUGGUUAUUUAUUAUGAUUUAUUAUCUGUUUAUAAGGAAAAAUAUAGCAAUGCGCAAAGUGCAAUGAAAUCAUUUCAGUCACCCUAGAUACGAUGAUUUAAUUUAAAAUGGAACUUCUCUGGCAGUGACCACUAAACAUUACUGAAGCUUUUAAUGUGUUGAAUAGUUCAGGGGAGACAAGUAAAAAGCACACAUACAUUGUAAGCACUUUGUGUCCAGGGCGAUUCCUUCCAUAGUGCCAUAGACACAAAUGUGGCACUGCUCAGGCUAAAUGUGUUCGGAUAGCCAAGCAUACAGAGUAACUUAAAAAAUAAAAAUGGUACAUGUAUUUGUACAUCCUCAAAUCGUUAUGUGCACGAGUUACAACAUGUUACCUGAUUCAAAUGCAAACAAUAAAUAAAAUAAAUACCCCAAAACAAGAUGUCUGCUAUUGCUAACACAGUUGGUUAGGAAAAAAUGACAAGGCUGGGAGAGUGUUUGAGGAAGUCUGGUAGAUGGUGAUGUGAAGCCUGUUUUUGGGGGGAGAUAUAUACGAUAUGCCAGAACCUUAUGGCACAAUCUUACUAGCAUAGCAUAAUUCAUGGGAAUAUCGUGAUUCAAUAUUCAUAUAUAUUCUGUGCCUUCGAGUGUUACAACCAUAAAAGGCUUCAUUAAUAAGUGCGUUUCAUAUUUACCUCUAAUGUAUGUCUCACUCUAGUAAAAUGUAGCAUUUAUUGAGGUUCAAUGUGAGCUAACCAUUUCAUACCGGGUGCAGUGCUGAUGUCUCUAAGUCUGAAAUCUGCACAUCCUUCAUUGUACUUGCCCGCCUACGUGUUGUGUUUACUUUUUUGGUCUGUUACGUUUUGAAUGCCAUAGAAAUAAUAUUUUUUUUUCUCUGUACUUUCUCCCUGUUUAGAUUGUUGAGAUGAUAUUCAGCAUGGUUCUUUGCUGUGGAAUCCGUAUCUACUCCGUGUACUGAAGACCCAAGCUGUCUUUCCUGUGUAAAUAACCCGACAUUGUUUCUCUCCCUCCCACCCCAUUUAUCUCUUUUAUUAACACUGUCCGAGGCGAUCCCCCACAAAGUUCUCUACUGACCCAAGAGGAUCUGUUUUUUCCACUUACAAGGUCCCAUAAUAAAGCAAGGCCCUCAGGAGUUUGAGUACUGCAAAUGUAACUCCACUUCAUGUGUAUAGACAACUGACAGCUCUUUGCAAAGGACAUAAUGCCACCAUGACGCUGUUCUGUAAUGGGGCAGGUAUCCAACUGUUGUUAAACCUCAACUCUCACAAGUCACUGCCAGUCUCUGAUGGACUCCAACUAUUCCACUUUGUAGCUCAUCAACAGCUAGAGGCCCAGGGUUGGACACCCAGGCAGUAGUUUAGAUGUUUAACUAGAUGUCGACUUAUCUUCUGGGUUGAAAUUUUUGACUAAUUUGUAAAAUGCUUAAAAUUGUUGCUUGUACGCAUGUGACAUCAAUGGCACCUAAUGAGAAUUUCACUACUUUUUAAUGUCUGUCUGAGUUGUACGGGUAACACCUCCUCCUGUUUAAUAAUGUUAUUCCUUGAUUGGUGAAAUAUGUGGUAUAAGUUCUUUCCUGACCAACUGGAUGUGUCCUGUAUGGACCAUUCACAUAUAUAAUGAAAUGGGCUACUCUUAAGUGCCUUUUAGCAGUUUGAUCCAAAUUUCAAUCUACCCCGUUGUAAAUGAUGUUAUUUUCAUAAUGAUAAGUGGGGGUAAAUAUUUCUUUAAUUAAUUGUCCCCUUCCCUGCACGAUCAGCCCCUUCCCACACCACAUACUUCAUCAUCACAUAGAACAACUACAAAUAUAUAUAUAUGUAUAAAUAUAAACAGAUAUAAAGAUUCUCAUUAAAAUCCUUGGUUGGGACCUUUUUUCUCCAACAUCUGCCUGUUGUGUGGUUUAUUUUGUGGAGCCUUUUAAAGUAC